AUGCCGCCCAAGUUCACAGCGAAUCCUCAGAAGCCCUCGCGGUAUCGCGCCGGCAAGCCCACCCAGCCAGAAUCAUCAUCAUCCGAGUCCGACAGCGAUGAUGAGCAGCCAAGGGAGAAAGCAGCCAAGAAGGCGCCAGAGCCUGCAGCUGCGGCGCGUAAGCCCACCGGUGCGGGCAAGAUCAUCAGCACGGGUUUGGCCAACAAGUCAGUCGUACCAUCGGUCAAGCCCCCGGCUGGGGUAGACGCAGCCGCCCGAGCCCGCGCCGAUGCGGAGCGCAAGGCAAAGGAGGACGGGUUCGUCACCGAGAGCGAGGAGAGCGGCAGCCAGGAGUCUGACGAGGAAGGCUCAGACGAUGAAAGUGGAAGCAGCAGCAGCGAAGACGAGGCGCCGCGGCGCAGGUUGAUGAUGCGCCCAAAGUUCAUCCCCAAAUCCCAACGCAACGCGGCACAGGAUGCAUCUUCGGGCGGAGACAAACGCGACGAGGAGGUAGACGCGGCAGCCCGCCAGGCAGCUCUGGACGCCGCGAUCGAAGAACAGGUCCGCAAGGACGCCGCGGCCAAGGCGGCCGGCCGAAAACACUGGGAGGAUGACUCGGAUGCCGAGCCCGGAUCCGACUUUGUGGACGACACGGAUGAUAUCGACCCGGAGGCCGAGUACGCGGCGUGGAAGGUUCGCGAGCUCAAGCGGCUCAAGCGCGAGAGGGAGGCUAUCGAAGAGCGGGAGCGCGAGGUUCAGGAGAAGGAACGGCGUAUGGCGUUAACCGAGGAGGAGAGACGAGCCGAGGACGAAGCCAAGAUCGCCAAGCAGCGUGAGGAGCAGGCCAACAGGGGGAAGAUGGGCUACAUGCAAAAAUACUUCCACAAGGGCGCCUUCUUCGCCGACGAUGCAGCCAGAGAGGGCCUCAACAAGAGAGAUCUUGCGGGUGUAAGGUUCCAGGACGACGUCAAAAACCGAGAGCUGUUACCGCAGGCGCUCCAGAUGCGUGACAUGACCAAGUUGGGCAAGAAAGGCGCCACCAGGUACAAGGAUCUCCGAUCUGAAGAUACAGGGCGUUGGGGCGAUAGUGGAGGAAAGGAUCGAUACGGUAGAGGGCUCGGAGACCGCUUUGACGGAGACGAACGGUUCAGACCAGAUCAUGACAAUGGCGGUGGCUACGGCCCGGAUGGCGCCAAAGGUGCCAAUGCAAUCCCCUUAGGGGAACGGAAGGACGACGGUCGCAGGGACAGAUAUCAGCAAUCUCGCCGUGAUGAUAGCAGGGAUAGAAACAGCAAGAGUUACAGGACCCGGUCAAGAUCGAGGUCACCAAGGCGGCAGGACAGGCGGGACUACGAUAGAGAUCGACGUACUUCAAGAUCCCCCAGGCGUGAUCGGAGAGAUUACAGCAGGGAACGCAGGAAGCGGUCUACAUCUCGAGGUGGCAGAGAUGGGGACCAUGGUGAUAAGCGGCGAAAGAUAGACACAAGAUAA